AUGGAAGAGGCUGAGGAGAGCAAGAGGAGGAUGAGCUCCCCAUGUACCAAGAGCACUACAAUGCUCUCUUCUCCAUGGACUUUGUGGAGACCAAGUACCCACAUGAUGACACAUGAGAGAUCUUGGAUCUUUGAGGAUGUGGAGUUGGUGCUCAAGAACAUGCAAUUGGCCAAGUUCUUCUCUCACCGCAUGGAGUCUUACAAGGAGCUCACUUGUGAGUUUUUGGCGUCGAUGAAGCAUCACGAGUUUGAUGAGCUCGAUCGAGCUGAGUUGGACCAAGGCUGGGGGUCCAAGGCUGCCAGAUCAGAAGCCCAGUGCUUAGAUAUGUCACAAGGCUCUUGCCAACACCUUCUUUGCAAGGAAAGCCACUGGACAAUCAAUGAGGGAGAAGUGAAGCUCCUUGACAUGGGAAUCAAGCCCAUCAUCUCACGCACAAGGAUGGGAAGAAGAUCAGAGGAGAUAGGGCACACGCAGGGAAUCUCAUGCCUCUCCUUGAGCAGCUCCAAGCCUACAAGGUCACAGCUUACAACACUAGGCACCAAAGAGGAAGGAAGCUUAGUGUUGGAGGGGUCAUCACACCAAUUCUUUGUGCAGCUGGAGUUCAAGUGGACAAGAGAAGGAGUUGGAUGGGAGAUUCCAAUUCAAGUUCACACACCCACGGCUGGCCCUUCCAAGCUUCUUCUGCCCAACCCUGAGCUCACCACGGUCCUAGGGGUACAAACAUUGACUUCAGACCCCCUGUGUACACUUUGGUUGGGCAUGAAGAGAUUUGCAAGAAGAGAGAUCGAGCUCGAUCGAGCUGAGGAUCGAGCUGAGGAUCAAGCUGAAGAUGGAGUGCAGGAUUUGGGUGAGCCUGAGUGCUAUUACUUUGAGGAGUAUGAGGCUCCAAGGAUGAACCCCUCUGUUGUGGCUGCCACAAGAGGAUUGGACUUCUCCAAAAGUUCAACAAGUGGCAAGGGAAGGCCAUGA